AAAUCCUCUUUCGUCACUCUGUUAAUAGUACUCCUCCUCCUAUAUUUCUCUCUCUAAAUUCCUUCUUUCUCAUGCAUGGAUAUUCAUCAUCAAAAUUCCAAAAAUUAGGGCUUCCGACUUUCGUCGAAAUUGGUAACCGAAGAUGUGAAUUUUGAUUUCUGACUUUCUGAUUUUUUUAAUUAUUAUUAUUUUUUUUUUGAGAAAAAAUCAAAGGAGGAAAAAAGUGUUCGUAUGAAGGGACCGUUAGAUCGGUCGAAGGUAGUGCUGCGGCACUUGCCGCCGACAAUUUCUGAGUCCGCGCUUGUUGAACAAGUUGAUUCCCGAUUUGCUGGUCGUUACAACUGGUUCUCUUUUCUACCUGCCAAGUCCAGCCAGAAGCAUCAAACUUAUUCAAGAGCCUAUAUUGACUUUAAGAGGCCAGAAGAUGUUAUCGAGUUUGCAGAGUUCUUUGAUGGACACGUUUUCGUAAAUGAGAAAGGCACUCAGUUCAAAGCUAUUGUUGAGUAUGCUCCAUCACAGCGUGUUCCAAAAAACUGGUCCAAGAAAGAUGGCCGCGAAGGGACCAUCUUGAAAGAUCCUGAUUAUCUGGAGUUCCUUGAAUUUAUCUCAAAGCCUGUUGAGAAUCUUCCAAGUGCAGAAAUACAGUUGGAAAGAAAGGAAGCUGAACGAGCUGGUUCUGCAAAGGAUGCUCCUAUAGUUACUCCUUUGAUGGAUUACAUACGUCAGAAAAGGGCUGCCAAGAGUGGAGUUCGGAAAUCUAUAUCUAAUGGGAGACCAACCAGAAGAACGAGUGGCACAUCCUCAGGAAGUCCUAGCUCAAGUUCAUCUAAACGGAGCUCUGAAAAAAGAAGGGCUUCCACUACCAUGUAUGUUCUGCGAGAUAGUUCUAAGGCUGGGAGUGACAAAGACAAAACGUAUAUUCUAGCUCCAAAACGUGAUGAUCAGCAGCGUGUUGAGAAGUCUGGUAUAUCUGCUCCUGGAUCUGUGGCUAAUGCAGUUGAAGAGGAAGCUGGCGGAGCUGCUGAAGUUGGGAAGAAGAAAAUCCUGCUGUUGAAGGGAAAGGAAAAAGAAAAUCCUAAUAACCAGCGUCGUGAGGCAAGUGGAAGGAUCAUUAGAAGUAUUCUACUCAAGGAUGCACAUCAAAAUCAGGCUCCAUCUGCAUCCCAACAAGAAAAACACAGCAAGGAUAAGGACCAAAAACCUCCUAGGCCACCAAGUGUGCAGUUGUUUCAGAGAGAAACUAAUGGAACUAAUGAAGAUAAGGUUCUUGGAACUGAUUUGCAUGUUGCUCACACUGAGAAGCAUGAAAAACGUACUAGGAUCAGGGAUAGGCCUGAUCGUGGUGUUUGGACUCCUCUUCGUCGUUCUGAUAGCUUACAAGCUAGUAAUGAAUCUUUAUCUUCAUCUGCCUCUCAAUCUUCCGAAGUGCCGGAUUUUGUUGAAGGAAGUCGAAGUGAAACCAAACAUGGUCUUGCAAAUGCUCGUGGUGGGGAGUUCAGACCCAUGGGAAGUGGGCGUAAUUCUCAUUCUUCUUUUGACAAUGGUACUUAUAAACAUGGUGGUCGUCGUGGUAUGAGGGACGAUGGAAUUUCAGUAGGAGAAGGAAAACCCUUAAGAAAGGGAGGUCCUUCUAGCUAUGGUGCCCAUGAGAAACAAGUGUGGGUCCAAAAGUCAAGUUCUGGUACUUAGUUUUGUCUCUAACGUGAAAUACUUGGUUUUUACCAUAUUAGGUGUGCAUGUCUAGUAGCUGGAGCUUUGUCUUUGCUAGACACAUCAUGUAUGAGCAAAGUUGACGGAGCAAAGAUGAAGAAGGAUUUGAAGACCUUAAUGGAAAUUUUGACUUACCAGGAUGAUAUAAAAACUGGUAUAUACUGCUAAAGUAGCCUUGAACUUACUAAAUCGAAGAUGGCUGGAGUAGGAGCAAGAAGGAAGAAAGUCGUGUCAGUGACACAUAUACACCACAAUUUUCAGCUGGGGUACCUUAUGAAGUCUUUUUGUCGAAGCUGUGGGUAUCCUUGUUCCUGUGAUCGGCUCAUUAUCAAAUAAUAUAGUUCUGUAGAUGGAAGAUUUCCUUUGUUGACUGUAAAUACAAAUGUGGAAUUGUGUGAAGUGCACCCAUUAAUCCCAUACAUAUGAAUGCUGAUAGCACUACGUUAGUUCUAGUCUCCGCUGGUUGGAGAUUGUCAAAGAAGGAAAGCUUGGAGUAUGCUGCUAUCUUUGUGGAGGUCUAUUAUAGUCGUCUAAGCAGGCGGUAUUGCCAAAGCAUUGAACUGGUGGAUUCAAAGUGAUAGUCACUUGUUUUUUUGUCUGGACAAAGGGAGGGGAGGGAGAGGGGUUGCUAGUGUAAGGUUUGUUGCUGAAAUGAAAGAGCAUCUUGUCUAACUGUCAAAAAAACCGAUACUUCAUUUAUGUGUGUACGGUUGCAGAUGUUCAUCUUUGUUGUAUUUCUCUGGGUUUUCUUU